AGUAAGUGAAGGAGAUCAGAAGCCGGCUGGCAGGGAGCUGGAGCCAGUGGCAGCAGCUGCACUUUGGGACUCUCUCUUACCAUCACUUGCUGCUCCCUCCUGGUAGAGCUGCACGCCUGUCAUGUGCCACGGAUCAGGGGCUCCUGCCAGCUGCCCCUCCAGCUAGGAACCUGCCCUCUCCAAGGAGCCCUGGGAGUGAGCACUCAUAUGGGUUAUUGAAUCUCAUUAAAGCUGCACUAAAUUGAAUGGACUCAAGAUGAAGAGUUUAAAGGCAAAGUUCAGGAAGAGUGAUACUAACGAGUGGAACAAGAAUGACGAUCGACUGUUACAAGCCGUUGAUCAUGGAGAAGUUGACAAAGUUGCAGCACUGCUGGGAAAGAAAGGGGUGACGGCCACAAAAUUAGACACAGAGGGUAAAACUGCGUUCCAUGUGGCUGCAAUGAAGGGAUUUGCAGACUGUCUGAAAGUUAUGCUGAAUCACGGCGUAGAUGUUUCAUCCCUGGAUGUAAAAGGACAUACUGCUUUACACGUGGCAGUGUUAAAUAACCAUAUUGACUGUGUUAAGAAACUUCUUCAGUUUAAGUGUCCAGUUGAUUGCAUAGACGUGGCUGGAAAAACUUCAUUGCACUAUGCAGCUGCAAAUGGCUCCCUGCCUGCUGUUCAACUCCUGUCUGAGCAUAAAUCUCCCCUUAACGUCAAAGAUAUGGAAGGGAACACACCUCUCCUAAUAUCCAUCUUACAUGGGCAUACAGACGUGUUGAAGUGUCUCUUGGAUCACAAAGCAGACAUUAAUUUGAAGGACAAGAAUGGAAGGACUCCUUUGAUGUUGGCAUGUGAAUCUGGUAACCUUCCUAUGGCAGAGAUAUUAGUGCACAUGGGAGCUAAUAUGAAGCUAACAGAUGCCAUGGGGCAUGAUGCUCUUCAUUUCUCGAGACUAUCAGGAAAUUCGCAGGUCGUCACCCUUCUUCUUUCCAAACUCAACCAAGAGUCAAUCAUCAAGACUCCAACAAAGCCAGUCCAGCAUGACCAAGUCACUAAAUUAAGCUCAGAGAGAAGUGGAACUCCAAAAAAACGCCAAGCUCCGCCUCCUCCAACUAUCAGUCCUUUACAGCAGAGUGACUUGUCCCCUUCAUUGUCCUCAACAUCCACCCCUCUUUCUGCAGCAGGGCAGGUUUUCUUUCCCGAGCAAACAAGCAAGAAUGAGAAUGCUUCUCCUCAACGAGACUUCAAGGACAGAUUGAGCGACAGCACAGGGGAGGACAGCCUUCUUGAUGUAAGUUCAGAAGCAGAGCAUCAAGAUAAUGUUUCAGCACUUCAAGCAAAAGUUGCUUAUCUCACAUCGUUAAACAAGGAACUGCAAGAUAAGUUACAGGAAAAGGUCAGUGGUGAGGCAGUGGUGGAUAUUAGUUGUGAUUCGUAUCACUCUACGCAGACUGAAUUAAACGAGUCUCACAACGAAUUUCAAGAAGAAAUGUCACCUGUGGUUGCUUCAGAUAUAUCUGAUGUUUCAUUUGAAUCUCAACCUGAAAUAGCUAGUAGAGAACUUAAAGUGAAGCAACUUGAAAAAGUUGUAGAGGAUAUGCAAAUAAAAUUAAAUGAAUCUGAAGAAGAAAGGAAGAAGUUGGAGGAGCAAAUUAAUUCCGUGUCUUCUGGUUUUCGGCACUCUAGAAGUUCUGAGGUUUUAGAAGAAUCUUUAGUAACAGAGGAGCAGUCUCAAAGAACAGAAGAUGAACAAGUAGGUGUUAUGGAAGAAGAUGCUAACGUAGGUCAAGUGGAGUCUGAAGGAAAAAUAGUUAACGAAGCAGGAAAAGAUGAGGAAAUGUCGGUGGUGGAAAAGUUUGAGGCAUUACAGAAAGAAUAUACAGUUUUGCUAGCAGAAAGCCAAAGUAAAGAAGAGGUGAUGAAAGACUUACAAUGUCAACUUGAUGCAAUGACCCAAAGCAUGGUCGACAUGUUGUCUGCUGAAGGAAAAAAGGAAAUGGAGAAGUCAUAUGGUGCUAUUAUUGAAAAGAUUAACCAAGAGAAGGAUGAGUUAAGUGGCAUGUAUCAAGAUAAACUAGAGGAAAUCAAGAAAUUGCAGAAAGAAUUGGAAAGUCAGAAUUCGGGAAAUGAGGAAGAGGAGAAACUAGUGAAGGAAGACUUAGCUAGGACAGUAGAAGAUUUAAGCAAACAAGUAAGUGAAUUGUCUUUGCUUUACAAUGAAGCCCAAAUAGAAAUUGGUAAGACAAGGCAAUCUCCCCACAAAAAUUCUAUAGAUGUAAUUAAUAAAGAUGAGCAUGUUAAAGUUGUGCAAGAAAUUAAAGAAUGCAAAGACAAAGUAGAGAAGGAUUUAGCUGAUCUUGUAUUGGAGCACACACGGACACUGGAAGAACUUCAUCAGCUGAAACUCGAAAAGGAGAAAGAAAAGGAAAACACACCAGUGAUUUUGGAGCAUGUGAAGGUUAUUGAAGCUUUAAAAAAUACUAUUAAUGAUCUAGAGGUGGAAAAGAGUGAUUUGAAAGACCAACUUGCUGUCCAGGAAACAAGACUAAAGAGUUUACAAGAAGAUUUGUUAAAGCAAACUUCUAGUCUUCAGGAAUCUCUGGCCACUCAAAAAAUCUUUGAAGGCCAGCAAGUAUCACUGGAAGAAGAAAUAAGCUCCUUGUCUUUGGAACUAGGGGACCUGAUGAAAGAAAAAGAAAAGUUAUCGACGGACAAUGGACAGGUUAAGAGGGAGCUUACGCAGUUAAAGGGGGAAAAGGAAGCUCUGCAAUCACAACUUAAAUUGAAGGAACAAGAUAUCAACAAGCUUCUUGUCAAAUAUAACAAAGUUCAGGAGGAUCUCAACGAAAUGAAGAUAUAUUCUGAAAAUACUUCAAAAUUGGAAGAGGAUAAAGAUAAAAAGAUAAAUGAUUUAUCCAAGGAAGUGAGCAAGUUAAAGGAAGCUCUGAAUAGCCUUUCCCAACUUUCAUUCUCAACAAGCACUCCCAAAAGGCAGAGCCAACAGCUCGAAACACUGCAGCACCAAGUGAAACAGUUACAGAAUCAGCUGAUGGAGACAAAGAAACAACAUCAAGAAAUUGUAUCCGUUUACAGGACACAUCUUCUUUACGCGGUUCAGGGACAAAUGGAUGAAGACGUCCAGAGAGUGCUCAAACAGAUACUAACCAUGUGCAAAAGCCAGUCGCAGAAAAUAUGACGCAUGGAUGGAAGAUAGAUACCUGCUAUAGCACUGCCUCCUAGUAUUACUUGUAGAUUAUCCUUCCAGUAAAUGUGUCUAAAUAUGCUGGAUAAGAAAACGUUGAGUUCUUCUGUAUCAGAAAAUUUAUGUAUUUUAUAUUUUUGAUAAGAAACCGCAGUUUGCAUUGAACUUUUAUUUUAUGGACCUUUAUUAGUUUGCUAUGUUUUCCAGAUUUUUUUCAGGAACUUUAGGGGAACAGGUUAUUUGUACCAGCCUGGGGUUAGUUAGAAUUUAGCAUUUUAUUAGCAAAACUAAAUUAAACCAUAAGAAAUUAUUAGUUUUUGUUUGUAGCCUGAAUUCAGGAGAGCACAUCAUAAUGGUGCCAAAGCAUAACUAGUAGUAAUCUAGUCAUUUUAGUAAUAGAUAAUACAAUUAUGUUUUUACUAUUUUUUUUAUUUCCCCAAGUGUGCCUCUUUAAUUAUUGGAAACUGGUUUCAUUGCUUUUGCUAGUAUGUCUUACCAGAAUCAUCAACAACUCAGUAAAUUCUGUUAUGAAUCGUACGUAUCAUUAAUUGAAAUGAGACAAAAUUAUUAUUCUUAGAUAACUACCUGUGUUUACGAAGAAAGGAAAAGCAUUGUGCCUGACACUGCUGCGUAAAAAUGUUUAUAUGCAUCUACCCAGACUCAAUUCCUGCAAUACAAUCCAUAUAUACUGAGGACAUUUGCUGGAAUGUGUCUUAUUAGUUCAACAAGUAUGUUGUCUGCCAGUUACUUACUAUCAGGGUUAUAUAUCCUUUGUCAGUGGCAGUGUAAGAAGCAGACUAUAAUGUUAAAAUGUUAUUUAUCAUGACCUCCGUUUUAAUGGUUAAAAUAUUGAAUGCAUGUGUUGGUUUGCAAAAUGAGAUGUGACAAAGUUACAAUAUCAUAUACAUGAAGGAUGUGUAUCAUGGUAAACAUUAAAAAAGAUCUUAGGGUGUAAAAGAGCGAGAUAUGAAAUGUUCUGCUCACAGUUAUACCAGAGCCGCAUAUUAAAAAGGAACUGUAAUUUCUGAGACAUUCAAAUAAAUAAAACUAAAAUGAAGUUAAACAAGCAAACAUUAUUAUAGCUUUAUUUUAGUUAGCUGUUGUACUAAGAUAGAUACAAGUUACAGUUCAUCUUGAGGAGCUAGAUCAUUCUACUACAUGGCUUGCCAGCCUCUUGCACCU